AUGGUGUUUCUCAAGGGAAUUGCAGCUGCAGCCUGCGCUACUUCUGCGCUUGCUGCUGAUAUCAUCGUUCAGUCGUCAGGUGGCAACUUGACUGGCAAAUUCGGGCACUCCUAUGGUUAUGGUUUCCUCCACGAGGAUAUCAACAACUCCGGCGAUGGUGGAAUCUACGCCGAGCUGAUCCAAAACCGUGCUUUCCAGUACAGCCAAAACUACAGCGUCUCGACUGACCACUAUUUCUCGGUCAACGAUGCUGCGCUCAGUAUUCAGAUGUUGGAUGAACCACUCUCCAAGCAACUGCCAGCAUCCAUGCGUGUUUCUGCAGGCAAUGGCACCUCCAACACCAGCAAGAUUGGUUUCAAGAAUGAGGGUUACUGGGGUAUGGACGUUCGUGUGCAGACCUACACCGGAUCUUUCUGGGUCAAGGGCGCAUACGAUGGCGUCUUCACCGCAUCGCUCGAAUCAAACUUGACAAGCGAUGUGUUUGGAUCUGUUGAAGUGCCCUCCAAGUCCGUUGCAGAUGACUGGACCGAGCAUACUUUCGAGCUCGUUCCCGAAAAGGAUGCGCCCAACUCUAACAACACCUUUUCUAUCACCUUUGACGGUGCUGCAGCCAGCGCACUCGACUUCAACCUUAUCUCCCUCUUCCCACCUACUUACAAGAACCGCAAGAAUGGUCUCCGUGUCGACAUUGCUGAGGCUCUUGCGGACAUGAACCCCACCUUCCUCCGCUUCCCUGGCGGUAACAUGCUUGAGGGUCUCCGCAACGACUCGUACUGGGACUGGAAGGAUUCUCUUGGUCCUCUGAGAUAUCGUCCUGGUUUUCAGGGUGUAUGGGGAUACCAGCAGACUCACGGCCUUGGUCUUAUGGAAUACCUUGAGUGGGCUGAGGACAUGGGUCUCGAGAUCGUGCUCGGCGUCUGGGCUGGUCUUGAUCUGGACGGUGGUAUCACUCCCCAAGAGGACCUUCAACCCUUCAUUGAGGAUGCUCUAAACGAGAUUGAGUUUGUUCGCGGUCCCGUCAACUCCACUUGGGGUGCUCGCCGUGCUGAACUUGGACAUCCCGAGCCUUUUGAGCUAAACUAUGUCGAAGUCGGUAACGAGGAUUGGCUUGCUGGAUAUCCCGGUGGCUGGGAAUCUUACCGGGCAUACCGCUUCCCGCUCUUCUACAAUGCUAUCAGCAAGGCCUACCCUGAUAUCCAGGUCAUCUCUUCAGCCGCCUCCAGCGAUCCUGCUGGCGAGCCGCCCAUCCACGGCCCCAACAACGUCAAUGGACAGGUGUUGCCUCUUGAUGCAAUUGGUGACUACCACCCAUACCGUGAGCCUGAUGAGCUUGUCUACGAGUUCAACCGCUUCGACAACGACGCCGGCCACAUUGUCGGCGAAGUUGCAGCCACUCACGUCAACGGCGGUAUCCGCUGGGAAGGCGACCUGUACCCUUACCCAUGGUGGCAAGGUGCUGUCGGUGAAGCCGUAUCCCUGAUCGGUUACGAGCGCAACUCUGAUCGCAUCCCUGGUACCUUCUACGCACCCGUUCUGAAGAACAACAACCGCUUCCAGUGGCCCAUCACACUCAUUCAGUUUGAUGCUGACCCGAAGCGCACCACAAAAGCCGUUACCUGGUACUGCUGGAGUCUCUUCGCCCACCACCCGAUCUCCCACACACUCCCCACGCACUCGAACUCUUCUUAUGGGCCGCUCUACUGGGGUGCUGGAUACGACGAGAAGCGCGACGGUGCUAUGGUAUGGAAGGGCGCAGUCUACAACACCACCAACCACGCGGACGUACCUGUAAGUGUCCAGUUCCAGGGCGUUGCUCCGGGAACUAUGGCCAACCUCACCUACCUCACCAACUCUGUCGGCGACCCAUACAUGUACAACGACCCCUUCACCGGAGUCAACAUCGUAAACACUACCAACAUGAUGAUCACUGCUGGAAGUGAUGGUGCAUUCCGCUUCACUCUGCCCGAACUCAGUGUCGCAGUGUUGGACACCGAGGUUUCUGGUGGAAACAGCACUGGGCACUACCGAAGACGGUUGUAG